AUAAGUACUGCGUCGGGCUCCGCGAUUGCAAGCGCAAUUCGCAGGCGAGAGUGAGUUAGUGAAUUAUCAGCAUAAUGGCUACCAACGCGACACCCAUCUUCGUCUUCGUGCCCGGUGCAUGGCACACCCCCGAUACCUUCGAUAUCAUCCGGGAUUUGUUGCGCAAGCGAGGGUACGAGUCUGCGACGGUUGCUCACCAGUCGCUCGCCGCGGCCAAUCCGUCCGUUGGCCUACACGCCGAUAUUGCCAAUGCUAAGCGCGUGCUCCAAAAAUGGGCCGACCAGGGACGCCAGAUCGUGGUGGUCGCGCAUUCAUAUGGUGGGUUGGUCGCUGCGGGCGCCGUCGAGGGGCUCGGACAUGCACAGCGGGCCAGCACAGGCCAGCCCGGGGGUGUGAUCCAGGUGGUGUGGCUGGCAGCGUUUGUCGUUCCAAGGGGCAAGUCCCUCAUCGACAUGCUAGGCGGGAGCUGGCUCCCCUGGAUGCUACUUGAGAACCCAGAUGACGGAUACUGCUACUCCUCGCAGCACGAACAAAUCUUCUACCACGACAUGACCCCCGAAGCCCAACAACAAGCCAUCGCCAAGCUGAAGCCGCACCCCAAGCCGUCGUUCCUAGAGCCCGCCGUCCACGAACCCUGGCACGAAAUCCCCGCUUUCUACCUCUUCUGCGAUCAAGACCAGGCGCUACCCAUGCCGGCCCAGGAGGCCUUCGCGCGAACCCUCGGUAACCCGGGAACGUAUCACGCAGACGGGUCGCAUUCGGCCUUCAUCAGUGUGCCAGAGCAGGUAGCGGACGGGCUAGAGCUUGCAUUGCGAGAGGGGCUAGAGAAGAGUGGUGUUUCUACUGCUGCUGCUGCUGCUGCUGCUACUAAUCCUGCUGCUGGUAACAGAGUCAGUCAGCUCUAAUGUAC